AUGGGUAAGGAAGACAAGACUCACAUCAACGUCGUGGUCAUCGGCCACGUCGACUCUGGCAAGUCGACCACCACUGGUCACUUGAUCUACCAGUGCGGCGGUAUCGACAAGCGUACCAUCGAGAAGUUCGAGAAGGAAGCCGCUGAGCUCGGAAAGGGUUCCUUCAAGUACGCCUGGGUUCUUGACAAGCUCAAGGCCGAGCGUGAGCGUGGUAUCACCAUCGACAUUGCCCUCUGGAAGUUCGAGACUCCCAAGUACUAUGUCACCGUCAUUGACGCUCCCGGUCACCGUGAUUUCAUCAAGAACAUGAUCACUGGUACCUCCCAGGCCGACUGCGCUAUUCUCAUCAUUGCUGCCGGUACUGGUGAGUUCGAGGCUGGUAUCUCCAAGGAUGGCCAGACUCGUGAGCACGCUUUGCUCGCCUACACUCUGGGUGUCAAGCAGCUCAUCGUCGCCAUCAACAAGAUGGACACCACCAAGUGGUCCGAGGACCGUUACCAGGAGAUCAUCAAGGAGACCUCCUCCUUCAUCAAGAAGGUCGGCUACAACCCCAAGACCGUUGCCUUCGUCCCCAUCUCCGGCUUCAACGGCGACAACAUGUUGACUGCCUCCACCAACUGCCCCUGGUACAAGGGCUGGAAGAAGGAGGGCAAGGGUGGUGAGGCCACUGGCAAGACCCUCCUCGAGGCCAUCGACGCCAUUGAGCCCCCCAAGCGUCCCACAGACAAGCCCCUGCGUCUGCCCCUCCAGGAUGUCUACAAGAUUGGUGGUAUUGGAACAGUGCCCGUCGGCCGUAUCGAGACUGGUAUCAUCAAGCCCGGUAUGGUCGUUACCUUCGCCCCCGCCAACGUCACCACUGAGGUCAAGUCCGUGGAGAUGCACCACGAGCAGCUCACUGAGGGUGUUCCCGGUGACAACGUUGGUUUCAACGUGAAGAACGUUUCCGUCAAGGAGAUUCGCCGUGGAAACGUCGCUGGUGACUCCAAGAACGACCCCCCUCUGGGCGCCGCUUCUUUCACCGCCCAGGUCAUCGUCCUCAACCACCCUGGCCAGGUCGGUGCUGGUUACGCACCCGUCCUCGAUUGCCACACUGCCCACAUCGCCUGCAAGUUCUCUGAGAUCCUCGAGAAGAUUGACCGUCGUACCGGCAAGUCUGUUGAGGCCAACCCCAAGUUCAUCAAGUCUGGUGACGCCGCCAUCGUCAAGAUGGUUCCCUCCAAGCCCAUGUGUGUUGAGGCUUUCACCGACUACCCUCCCCUGGGUCGUUUCGCCGUCCGUGACAUGCGUCAAACCGUCGCUGUCGGUGUCAUCAAGGCCGUCGAGAAGGCUGCCGCUGGCUCUGGCAAGGUCACCAAGUCCGCUGCCAAGGCUGGUAAGAAAUAA